GAUAUUUCAAUAAAUAUUAGGUCAACAAUACAUGCAGACUUUGAUCCCUAGUUUCAGUUUAGAAGCGAACAUGCGAAGGAACGUUUCACGGGAUCAUCGUAUAGUUCUCCUCUGACAUGCCUUGAACAUUGUCUCACAAUCAAAGGCAUGGCGUCGGUGAACUGUCCUGAACCAACCAAGGUUUCGUGAAACCGGACCCUGAGAAUUCAAAAAUUGUGGCUUUUUCACCUCUUGGCUCGCCAUCGUUGGACCAUAUUAUUUAUUCGGUCUUUUUCGAUUUACAUUCAACUCUUUUAGGAGAUAGGUCUAGUGUAAUAUAGGAGGUCGUUCUGGAAGGAACAUAUAUAACAGAGGCAGUAAACCUUAUAUCAACUCUCCAACAUGCUAAGACUUGUGACCCUCGGAGCCCUGAUACUGGCCGUGUCUGCGGGGGCACCUAAGUGUUGUGGACCUGAUCAGGUCAUUGCAGGAGUAGGUGCCACGAACGGCUUAGAACUUGGUGGACAGCCCGCAGCCUAUAUCACCUACGCCUACGGAGCUUUCGAUUUUCGCAAUGGAGACUAUGGCUACUAUCUGAACUUAGACUCUAGUCAGUCCUCGCAGUCAAUGCGCAUUAUCCAAAAUUAUACUGAGCAAGUACAAUGGGUGAUACAGUACGAGGGCAAGACAGAGAAAUGUACGAAGCAGCCGAUCACGCAGCCGGCACCAAAUAAUUGCAUUCCGGAUGAUGCCGAGUUCAAAGCGCAGAUGACUUUUGGAGGCAAUAAUGGUCUUGUAGCGGAUUCUUAUUCUUACGGAAUCCACUAUCCCCAUGUGCCUCAAGACGCCAGGGCAUAUGCUACCGUCGUCCACGAGAACUGCUAUCCACUCACCGUCGCACUCGUUGGGGAGGUGUUUGUCCCUGAUAUAAAUUCAACAAUUCCGUUCAUAAGCACAUCGGGUGUAGUAAACAUGACUGUUGGUAUCCCUAACCCAGAUGCUUGGUUUACACUCCCGGACUCAUGCCAGAGGGGUAACAGUGUGUCGCCACGCUUUUCUCGAGCUCUACCAGAUUUCAAUCUCAAGGCGUUCCACCUGCCAACUUUCUUCUAAGAUACCACACUAUGGUGGCCGUUUCAUAAAAAAAACUUGUUAUAAGAGCACAUUUGCAUUAACAGUUCAAAGCAAUUGAAAUCAUUCAAUCUGAUUGGCUUGUAGUAAAUUUAUUACAGAAAUCGUGCAUUUGUUCUUAUAUAAAGACUUUAUGAAACGGGACUAUAGUUUAAUACUUCAAGGUUGUCAACUUCAAAAUUUUGUUCACUUUUUAUUUUAAGUCCAUUUAGUUAUAGGUAGGCAUAUAUAGCCAAAUUGAUACGCAAUAUGUUUUUAUCAUUUUAUUUGAAAACAAUUCAUAUGUAAGUAAAAUAUAAUGACAGGAAAUUUAUCUCACUUGGGUAUAAGAGCUGUUUUACAGUACUAAUUUUAGAGGCUGAUAAUGUAUUAGUGUAUCGCUCUAAAUAAAGGUUACACCACGAUGAUAUUCAUCAACAAUUUGAAGACAAUACUACAUGAUUGCAAUCAUGGUAGUGAUACCCUCUCUUAUUGUUGGUAAAAAAACCAAGCUGAUCGUCACUUGUUCUGCUGCAUUGCUGUUAAAUUUUGAAAUCAAUGGUAUGAAUUAAUAAAUGAUCAAUUUUCACAAUGAAA